AUGUCACCUCUGCCAGUCAUUGCCUGUGGCACCGCCGACCCGCAGGUUUUCAACGCUGUUAAACCUCUUUACUUACCCGAAUACGAAAUUAUACAUAAUGUCACCAGCAGCGCCUCCGGAGCAGUCGAAAUACCCUUCGUGUUGCAAGGGCAGACCCCUCCCAUUGCUGAGGAGCCCAACCGCGGCACCAAGGACUAUUCCAAGCCUCCCGUAGCUGUGUUUGCAGGGGCUUUAUACGGCGAUAGGCAAAUCGACGAGAUGCGCGAGGCAUGUCAAGGCCUCAGUUCUGUGCCUUGGUUAAAGAUGGAUAUGACCGUGCCGAGGCCGCCGCUGGGACCUGGGUAUGCGGAUCAUGUCGUGCAGAGAAUUAAGGAGUGCAUGAAGAAGAUCGAAGCUGAGGGCAAGCUGAACCAAGAUGGCGUGUGGCUUUAUUAA